AUGAGUUCAACGUCAACACGGAAUGCACUGACGGCAAGAAGAACAAGCGCCUUUGAAGACAAGAAAUUUAACAUUGCCCAUGCCGCCAGAAUCGCACAGGCAUCACCUUGGAACGUACCGCUCCUGUUGAGAGGAGGCCUUGCAGAACCAAGCAACAGCUAUCAAGGGCCUAUUGAACAGCUACAUAUCUUGAGAGAUGAAGAGGCUAACAACGAGAACGGUUCUGCAGCAUCAUCUACAGUACCUUCACAAGCGAAAACAGGCCACGACUCUAUAAACCUAACAGAGUUUAAAGGCUAUGGCGUUAAGCCUUCAACGGGACCCGAAGCAAGUAGAACCAGCAGGGCUGUAUUUGGCGAAAGCUCGAGGGUGGCACAGGCAGCCUACGAAGAGUACGUUGCCCGGUCAGAAUAUGAGAAGCAACAGCACGAGGGAGAGAUGGCCGAUAUGAGGAAGGGACUUCCGAGGAGAGGUCAGGAAGAGGGGAAGGACAGAAUACAAAGCAAGAAGGGCCGCCUUGAAGGCACAACUAGGAGUGCUAUCACUAAGCCAUUGGUUCUCGACCCUGGCUUGUACGACAUUCAGCCUGCGGAGCUUGAGCGGUUCAAGUCAAGCAGUGGGCUCCCAGCUAGCCUGAGGUCGGCCCCUACGGCUAAUCUCCACGACUUUUUCACCCAUCUGGUUGCCAAAGGGGCCUAUAUCUGCAGGCCUUACGCCGACGACUCAUCAGACGAUGAAGUCGGGCGUGAGCCUCAAAAGAGCGAAACGGAACUGCAACCCCAAAGAGAUGACAACUCCAAUAGCAAGCAGCAAGCAAAGAUCAAGAAGCGCAAAGGCAAGAAGAGAAAGAACAAAAAGAAGCCAAAGCAGCAGGAUGCAGAGUCAAGCACACCACUGCCCGACGACGUACCUUUACUGAGGCCGGACCCCAUCAAGGAGGACAAAGAAUCCGCUUUGCAGAAGCAGAUUGAGCUCGCCGUCAAUAACAUGCCAAAGAAACCCUCACGGGAUCCACAGGAACCACCAAACAAGGCUCUUUGGGAGCGGGCGCAAUAUCUGCCAGGAGGUCUUCAAGAGUUUAUCCAGAGCUAUCAACCGCGAGUCAAACAUCUGAAUAUAGUACGUCCAAGGAACUCUGACGACGACGACGACGACGACUCUGCAGGACACAACUGGAGAGAUCUAAUCGAUUUUGAGGGCUGUGACAUUGACCCGUCAGAGGAAACUGACACACAGCAAGAUUACGCUUUCCUAUAUCGACUACUUGAAGAUCUUUGGACAAAGUACCUAACCUCUCAACGGAACCUGAACCAUAAAACAGAGAUGUUGAUCACGCUCCAAGAGAACUAUAACGAUUACAAGAAAGCCCAGGAAGGAGAGAUUUCAGCAGCAGAGAGAAGGGUUACGGAAGCAAGAAAGAACUUGGCAGUGUCCGAAAAGGAGCAGCGGCAGCUACAGCUCCGUACAGAGGAGCACUUCAACUUUUUACUCGACCCUUACUUGCAGCUGGACACGGCGAUCGAUCAGAAAUCAGAGAUCAUCAACAGACUCAAGGAAAGACUCAGGCAGAAGAACGACGCUCACAAGGAAGAGUGUCAGAAGCAGAGAGGUGAGAUCGAAGAGCUCGAGAGUAAACUGAUCAAGGCUACGGAUGCGGCUUCCGUCGAAUAUACAGAACGCGCGAGACUACGACAGCGCUCGCAACUUUCGGAAGACAUGCUUUGCCAAUUCGACGGCCUUCAAACUCGCUUCGAGGCGCAGGAAAAAGAGAACUGGACCUUGCGCAGCGAGAACCAUGAUCUCGUGCUGGAUAUCGAGAGGUUGCAAAGUCUUUUAAGUUUUGCAAGAACCGAUGAUGACCAGUCCUCAAAUUCGUCAAAGGACUCUUCUGAACUGGACCAACGGUCAUUAUGGGAACAGCUCGGUGCUGCUAAUCCGGACCAUAUGGUAGAAUCCGAUGUAACCUCCGGUCCCAAUGAUGCUUCCGAAAGCAACAGUGGAGAUCAAGACGCACCAGUCAUUAACUCUGUCGAUAAUGCAUCAAGCGGGUCUGAUCCCAGUGAAUUACCUGCCUCAAUUAUCCAGAAAGAAUCGGCUGGAGCGAGCCAAGACUCCCAGCUGCAACACGAGAACGAGAGUUCGGAUGUUGGAGACAUAUCGUCGGAGGACGCCGAGAUCGACAGGGGCACCACUGUGAGCACAUGUGAGCAGGAUAACAUGUCGUUAUCUCCUUCAUCAUCGGCUUCCGAAUCCACGGAGGAGGAACAGGACCUCGAUCACAACGACGAGCAGGAACACGAAGCGUUAACCGGUCAAGGAACACGGGCGAUGGACUUUAGUAAGAGCAACCUGGACAAGGACCAUACAGGUGCCAAAGACCGCGACAGCGAUCACGAUCAAGGUCACGACCACAAUAAAGACCACUCCCAGAGCCAUUAUGGCGAUCCUGACCACGACAACAACCAAGACUACCCCGAUAACUGCGAUCACGACGGAAACUGCGGUCCGGAGCGAGUCUACGAUGGUGAAUUCAGACGUUUUCACGAUCACGACCACGACCGCGACCACAGAAACGAUCACGGAAUCGACCGAGACCAUGAUUAUGACCAACGAAUCAGAGAUGAUUGCCCAGUAGCUGUCUCCGCCGCUCUUCCGGAUUCUUUUGGACUCGCCUUAGAGUCAUCUCAGGAAUCCGGUACCAUUGGAGAAGACAGUACAGAUGGGGUUCCACAGGAACUACAGGGGCCACAGAACAUCGGAGACGAGGAUUCACAGCACAUCGAAGAAGGUCUUUCAGACUACUGCAGGAGAGAUCUAUCACAAGUUAGCGAAGGGGAUCUUACACAACACAGCGAAGAAAUUGAAGAAAAGGCAUUACUAGAACUAUUCGACGGCGACAUAGGCGAGAGCAUAAGCAGCGGCUGCGAUGAUUCGUUUGAUAAUAGCGCGUUUGACUAUGAUGCGUUCGAGGAUGACACGUUUGAAGAGGAUGCAUUCAAAGAUGCCCCAGGUCGAAACGUCCUCGAAACCCAAGACGGAGAAGUCCUCGACCGACUCCCCACACCCCUCCCCGAUGAUGACGACGCCGACGACUACCUUAAUGAUGAUCCAGCCCGGCCACUGAGCUUUGCUGACGCCCUGGAUUUGGUCCUCGAACAUAUCCUCCGUGAGGUCCUUGACCGGGUCGAACCCCUUCUGCAGUCCCAUGUGAAUCUUGUGCAAGAGCAACUGGAGCAGUACUGCCGAGAGAACCAAGGAACGCUGAUUGAACAGAUCCGUGCACUCUCUGGACAAAUUGAACACAUCAGCCAGUUCCUUGAAAUGCUGCGGUGCCAGGACUCCUUCCGCGAUCACACCCAACAAUUGUUCUUGCGGGCUCUGGAGGAUUAUGCUCGGGGGCUAGCAGAGUUGAAGCAGCGACUGGACGGACAUGAUCAGGAGCGACAGAUAAACGCGCAGGCCUUCCAGUAUCUGGACAACAUGCGGAACGCGCUGGAUCUAAAGCAGCAGGAACUUCAACGGGCCCUCAAGGACUUGCAGGACAGAGGAGUAUCAUUACCCCCUAUGCCGGACAUCCAACUGAAACCAUGGUACCCUUCGUGGCAGCUCAUGAUCUUGUUGAGUGUUCUGUUCAACCUGAUCGCCUUUGCGAUCCUCAGCUUGUACCUGGGUGGAGAGGUCGUAUCCGACCCGAAUGGUAUGGUCUCGGUCCUGGCAUCCAUCUACCACGAAGAAUUGGCGAGCGAGCAAAAGAUCUCUCGUCUGGGAAUCAUGUUCCGUUUGUUCUGGAAGAUGUUGUUCUGGUUGGGUCAAAUGCUGACUUAUCAAUCGGCCGGUGUGAGUUAUAUCCGGACCUGA